GAAGGAGACGCUCACGAGAGCGCCCGUGUCUACUCGUCUGUUUUGACAGCUCGUGCAGGGUAAACACUUUUCCACUGUAUUUCAUUUCCAUGGUGAAUCAUAGAUGCGAAGAACGUCACUCUGUGUCAUGUAGACUCAAGGGUGGGAUGUUCCUCAGAGUUUACAAUCAACGCUUUUCUUCCUGAGGGUGUUGGUCAGUAAACACCUUAGGGUGCCAUGACUGAGGUUUUGGGACAGAGGAGCUUGCUGGGCUUUGGUGUAGUGUUGGCAUGGCUGGUUCUGUUCCACCUGAUGGUCAACAUCUGGCUGCUGUGCGUGUUCACCAGCCUGCUGGUGGUGCUGGGUGGCUGGCUUGGCUCGCAGGUGGUCCUAGAGUCUGAAAAUGUGGUCCAUCUUGAGAGGUUCAUCACUCUGGAGGAGGUCCCAGCCUCUGUGGGGGACGAUCAACACUUGGAUGAGGAGAUCCAUAACACAGUGAGGAAAAUCAUCAGGGACUUUAUCACCUCCUGGUAUUCCACUGUGUCCUCUGACACAAGCUUUGAAACUGAGAUUCAUGACGCCAUGCUCUCUAUGGCUAUGGAAAUGAAAACCCGUGCAAGACAUGUCAACAGAAAGGAGCUCACCCAGAGGAUCCUAGAUCUGUUUGGCUGCCACCUGCAGGACUACAUCAGAAGCAAGGAGCUGUUAACUGAACAGCAGACGUCCAUGAGCUGUGAGAGUGAGCAGUUGUGGAGAGCAUAUUCAAGGGUUACCACACCUCAUCUUGCCAUGACCAGUGAUGCAGCGGAGCUCAACUACACCCGAGCAUUUGUAGAUUUGCUGUUGCAUGUUUUGGUGCCAUCGCCGCACUUGGAGAGCCAAACUGGACGGUUUGUUGUCGGAGAGCUCAUCACCUGUAACGUCUUUCUGCCUCUCAUUGCAAAACUGUCUGACCCUGACUGGUUAAACAUGCUUAUGAUUGAAAUAUUUGGCAAGGCUGGGACACUCCAGGAACCAGUCAGAGAGACAGUGACUGCUUCCCCACAGCUAUUGUUACCACCAACUGCUGAAUCAGAGCUUGCUCCACCACUGGAGACAUCACAGGCACCUCAGAAGAAUACUGAAGCUCCUCUAGCAAGAGCAGAGACUCACACUGUCCCUGCUGAGACAGAGAUGACUGAGCUUACUGUCUAUGAUGUCUUUGACGGCGAGGAGGUGGACUGUCCCCAGAACAAUGCUGAAGAAGAAGAAGGUACCCCUCCCUUCCUUGAGUGUUACAUUAGAGGAAGCAAAUCAAACCCAUUUUACCAGGAAAAUGACUCUGACCUAGAUUCUCCUUUGGCUGAUUAUAAGCAGAGUUCUAAUGAUUCCCUGGUGAUGAUAGGCCAAGAGGAGAGUCUGUAUGACAGAAGGAAAGAAUGCACCACAUCUGUUAAAAACAACAAUGAUGUGGACUUAGACGAUGUCUGCCACUCUGCAGUGGGUGGCUCCUGUCCAAACAUCCUAGUGAAUUUGGAACAUCCUAAUGGCUACAGCCUCUUAUCCAGUAGGGCAGCAGAGGGGACUCUCAGUGUCAGCAGCCUCCAGGACUUGGAGAGGGAUGCCAGUUCCUCUUCAGGUAACCUAUCCAGAGACCUUCCUCUGGGUGUAGACCAGACUGGGUUUGGGAACCCCAGUGAGCUGACAGCUGGCAGUCCAUUGCAGGUUCCUUCUCCCAUGCCAUCGUUCAGUUUUGAGCCCCUCAGCAGCCCAGAUGGACCAGUCAUCAUCCAGAACCUCCGCAUCACUGGCACCAUCACAGCAAAGGAGCACAGAGGCACUGGCUCACACCCCUACACAUUAUACACCAUCAAAUACGAGACGGCAAUGGGGUGUGAGAACCAAGAAAGCAUCCAGCCCGGCUCUGAGGAUGCUGAAGCUUUGCAGACAAGUAGUGAGAAUCCCUCUCGCAUCCAACCAGUAGCAUAUCACAUGGUCAACAGACGAUACAGUGAGUUUCUCAACCUACAAACACGACUGGAGGAAAAGAGCGAGCUAAGGAAACUCAUAAAAGGUGUUAAAGGUCCAAAGAAAAUAUUUCCUGAUAUGCCAUUUGGAAACAUGGACAGUGACAAGAUAGAGGCCCGGAGAGGACUCUUAGAAACCUUUCUUAAGCAACUCUGUGCCAUCCCUGAAAUUGCCAAUAGUGAAGAGAUGCAGGAGUUUCUUGCCCUAAACACAGAUGCCAGAAUUGCCUUUGUGAAGAAACCUUUCAUUGUAUCACGCAUAGACAAGAUUGUGGAUACACUGAAAACAGCCUUUCCUCGUUCAGAGCUUCAAAGCCCCACAGAGGACAAUGAGACAGAGACGGAUGGAAUGAAGAUAGGUUUUGACAAGAAGAGCAAGUCUCGUCUGAAGUUCUCUAGUAAAAACAUUCUCCCUAUGAACGGCUCAGACAUACGACCACCAGUUUUGUUCAGUUUGGAGCAAAGAAGCACAGUGUUCAACCGGAUGUCCUUGGAAGAUCUGGAAGUGUUUAUUACUGAGCAAGAAAAACUAUCCAUCAGAGCUGUGUUGGAGAGGGAGGAGAGUCCUUUAGUAGGAGAAUUCAUGGGAUACCAGGAUGACGGCUCGAGAGAGAAGCGGAGUCAGGGACAUGCAUCUGAGACGGCACUGGCUGAGGUAGCGCUGAACAUCUUGUGUCUGCUGAUGAAGGAGCAGUGGAGCUGGCUGUGCACCGAAAACAUUCAGAGGACCAUCAGGCUGCUGUUCGGGACCUUGAUCGACAGGUGGCUGGAUGUAGGUGUAGCCAACCUGAUGUCCAAAAGGUACUGGGUGUUGUACCUGCAGGUCAUCCAGGAGUCUGUGUGGCCAGGUGGAACUCUGCCUACGUCACCUCGACUUGAACGCAGCCAACAGCAGAAGGACAUCACCCGGCAACAAGCUUUACACUGUCUGAUGAGACUUCUACCAGAUCUGGUUUCAGAUAUGUUGGGCUCAGACAAGUACAAAAUCUGCUGGCAGACUGCACUGGACUCUCUCCAGAACCCCUACAUUAAUAGACACCUGGUCUACUCAUUAUUUGAUGUCCUGUUGGAGUUCCUGGUUCCUGAACUACCUGAGGAAGACUUCCAGUGGAGGCUGCUGCAGACCCUCUCAAAGAAUCCAGAAAAAACGUUGGCAUGACGAGACAACCCUCACGCUCACCCUGCAAACCCAGCUCCCAUUUGUUUCAUCAUCCGUACACAAGUGAUGAGAUGCUGAACAGCAGCAUAGACGUCUGUGGAGACGUCUGUGAGUCAAUGUUUCUGGUAGGACUGAAUACUUUCUGUUGUUGACGUGAUUCUGCUCUAUCUCUAAAUCUCUACAUUUGUGUCCUGUAUUUAUGAACACACGCAUUGAAAGCAGCAUUACUUACAUGACAGCAUCAGGUUUGUGUGAUGUACUGUAUAGAUCCAAUGAUCCAAUCAGAGUAUGGCACCAUCCACUGUCUCCAUGCAGCCUCUUCUGGCCCAGCAUUGACUUAACUCAUCUCAGAUGGUUGUCACACUCGGCCUGAACCCUCACCCACCACAGGCUCCGUGUGAAAGACCUAAUCUGGAGAACGCAGAGAUUUAACGUCAGCGUUUCUGUACUUUCCCUCUGGUUGUUGUUUUAAAUCUGAGCCUUCCUGAGGGGAACAUCGGUCUCUGGUAGGGAUUUGUCAAACCGGUCCAAAUGUAGGAAACGUACACGUGUGUGUUGCGGUGAAGAGUUUGUUGGUUGUAACGUAUUUUACUGGUGUUCCAGGUAGGUUCCUUUAAUAGGCUCCACAGUGUGGUUAAUAUCUAAAUAACGGGAGAACUAGGCCUCACAAAACCAGGUACUGCGUGAAGCAUCUGGUUUUGGCCAAGAUCCGUUCAAUAACUUUUUUUGUAGGCCACUGUAAAACAGUGAACUGGCAAACCUGCAAAUGUUAUAUCAGUAUAUAGAAGCAGAUUGUCCCUCUUCACUGUUGCUGAAACAUUCUCAUUUGUACACGGUGUCUCCUUUCCAGCCAACGUUAAAAUGUGUUGUUGGCGAUCGGCUUGCGAUCACAUGUGUGAAUGGAAGUGUAAAUGCAGCCCAGACACAUUGAGGAUUGAUUGCGAUCCAGUCGACCAAAGCCGGCGUUCAGAGAUGCCUUGUGGUGACAUUUAACACUAAUGUAAAUGCAAAUAUGUUGUCAAUCGUCAACGUUUGCAGGAAUCACACACACGAGUGUCUCAAAGCAGCUCGACACCUCGCAGCCAUUAGCAAAAAGCAGUCCUCACAAUAUUAAACACACCUGUGGAAAGUGUGAGGAAGAUGAGAUAAAUAAAACAAAAACACACACUUUUUUUCCACAGCGUCUGUGUGUCAUGUCAUGUCAUUACUGAUUUCAUUUGAGAGUUUACUCCGUUUUCUUGUUGUUUACAAAUGUCUUUUGUACACAUCGGCCAAAUUGUGGAAUUAAAACUCAAAAUCAUUUGCUCCGAAAUGGAGUGAGUCUACCUGCAGAGCUGUAGCCGCUGACUCACUGUGUGUUCCAGUGUGUUUGGUUUACUCUCCUUCCUGGUGGAAACAGUCUGGAAGUGUGCUUUGUUUGGUCUGGUGGUCUCAGCUCGUAUUUGUGUGCAUGUCGAGGCCAACGUCACCUUAGUGAUUGGCACUGCUGCGGUUUUUCCUGUCACGUUUCUUCUUUGUUUGCCAAAGUUUUUAUUUAAAUAUUUUCUGUUUAUUAUUUGACAUUCCAAGGAUCUGUUUGAAGCAAUUAACAUGGGAAUAUGUUUCCUGCUGAGCUGAAUGGAAUCCACACUGAGGCCUCUAAUAUAAAUGCAAUAUUCACGUAGGUUUAAUAGGCUGUAGUUAGAUUCUUCAUUUUAGGUAAGGCUAAAAAAGGAAAAAAGUAUGGAACUAUUACGGUUCAACUUCCCGUCAAAUAAUCAUAUUUCAGUCACCUUAAAACCAUCUGAAGAGAGGUUUAGUGGCAUCACCAUACACUGUAUCACCACUUUAAACAAUUGAAGGAUUGUGUAUUUCAAAUUUCUUGCCUUAUUUUACGACAGUCAACACUUUGAUGGCCUCAGACAGACAAACAGCCUAAGCUCACGGCCUCUUUCAGGACGUUUGGCUCCUCCUGUGAUCAAGAUUUGUGAGAUACUGGAAAGGUUUGUCUGUGAUUCACUUUCAGAGACUGAGACACACACACUCGAGGUCGGUGAUAACCGUCAGCAUUUAGCGAUAUUUAACACAGAUUUGAAGGAUUUCAUGGACAGUAUGUUGUCCUGUGGGUUGUCUGUUACUGUAGCACGGUUAAAAUCUCCUGUUUGCCCAUGUUUAAUUUGAUGUCUUGUAGAGUCCAUCAUUCCUGUGUUUUGCACUUAAUCUAUUGUUGUGGUCUCACCCUCGUCUUCAAUUCCAUCUUUUCCUCUCCGUUGUGAUCGAGUCUAUUUAUUAGCCUAUUUAUUUAUAAAGUUUGAAAUAUGAAACAAUGCCUUACUGUGAGGAGUGAGGUGAGCACUGAAAAGAGCAGGUUUUUGGAGAGUGCUUUUUUCUACGUUGUUGGAAAGUGCUUUUUUGGCCUUUGCAGUGUGACUUCAUGCAGCGAUGCAGCUGCAGAGGAAACACUGACCCUGAUGAUGAGCCAGUCGUAGCUCAGUGCAGUCAACAUGUUCACUCUGCUUUUCUCUUCAUUGUGACCACUCUUGCUCAGUGUUGAAGCCAUUACAGUUGUUGUGGACGAUUGUACAUUAGCCUUCUCACUCUGAUGAAGGGUUUCCAAACACCAAAACGACACAGCUGCAUAUUCCUUUUCAUGUUUUAACAUCACAUGUUCCAUCUUAUAAUAUAUAAGUAUUUUUAUCAUUAUAUCCAGGGCUGCAACUAACCCUUAUUGUCAUUAUCAGUUAAUCUGUGGUUUGUUUCCUUGAUCAAUUAGUUGUUUGGUCCAUAAAAUAUCAAACAAAUGGUGAAUAAUGCUUUUCAUAGUUUCCUAAACGUCAAAAUGACGAAAUCCUUGAAUGUAUUGUUUUGUAAACGAUGGUCAGUAAAGUCUGAUGUCAUAAUGGGGUGUAUUUCUAUAUGUUAAGGAAACGGUUGUGACAUAAUUAUUCAAUAUAUAUAGUAAUAAUCUGAAUGUUACGUCAUAAAAUGAUGUCAUUUUUCCAUAACUGAGCAAAAAAAAGAGAAGUAUUUGUGAUGUGGUUGCGUUUACAUUGCGUUACUUUCCUGCUUCAAUCAUGAUAGAUGUUACAUUUCUGAUCACAUUUAUUCUUAGAACAGCAGAUCUGAAUGAUCGUUUAUGUUGCUUUAUCUUACUGCACUGUUUGACAUUGUAAUCCUGUUUUUCUGUCUCUGCACUGGUUUGCACAGUUUGCUCGCGACUUUUGAACCUGUGGUUGUGUUGUGCACGUUUUCCACUGUGAAUCUCUGUCUCUUCUUCUCUCACUGAUUGUAUCUUUUAAAUGUUUGCUGGUUGUUCCUGAGCAUAAUCACAAACACAAUAAAACAUGAUUUAAUAAAUCCUCA